AUGAUAGCGUACGGCCAUCAGGUGCAUUCUGAUGACGACAUCUACGUCAAACUCACAGCAGGUGCGCUGCAUGGUAUUGACGAGGCGAAACUUGGUGUCUCGCUGGUCGACUUUUUCCCCUUCCUGGUCCAUCUCCCCCAUUGGCUACCCGGAUGUUCGUUUCUCACUGCCGCGGCACGUCGUUGGGGCCCUGUUACACGGGAAAUGCACGACUACCCAUUCAACGACGUGUUGAAACAGAUGGUACUCAUCACUAUAUAUGCUCGUCUGAACUUCAAAUACUCUAGCCCGCAGGAUGCGGACAUCGCUCGUCCAUCGUUUCUAUCUUCAUAUCUGGAGAGAUACAAGACGGAAGGUGCGAAAGAUUACGAUUUGGAUGACCUCAAAGGCGCGGCUGGCACCAUCCUCACUGCUGGUGCCGAGGUGCAGCGCAAAGCGCAGGCGGAAAUUGACCAAGUGAUAGGUCCCGAUAGACUACCGGAUUUCAGCGACCGCGAUGCGCUGCCUUUCGUAGAGUGCAUCUUACAAGAGACUAUGAGGUACGUUGCUACUCGCAUCCUGCCAUUGUCGUGGGGUCGAGUUGAUCGACAGUUUGCUUAUCUUCCACAUCUGGGCAUCGCGCACAUGUCUGUUGACGAUGAUAUAUACAAUGGGAUGUUCAUCCCGAAGGGUUCGAUCGUAAUCCCCAAUGUCAUGGCCAUGAGUCGUGACGAGACGAUGUACAAGGAUGCAGAGGCCUUCUAUCCCGAGCGCUUUCUCCCCGCACCUGCAGGUCCCGGCGAGCCGUAUCUUGGCGCCGUCUUUGGGUUCGGUCGGCGAAUUUGCCCUGGAAGGUACUUCGCAGACAAUGGCGCGUGGAUCGUCGUCGCGACUGUUCUCGCGACCUUCGAUAUUUGUAAGGCUGUCGCCAAGGAUGGGAGGGCCAUUGAGCCGGACGUGGCAUUCACGACGGAGGGGCUGGCAAGCCGUCCAAAACCGUUUGAAUGUGUGUUUCGACCUCGCUCGGAGAUGGCGAAGAAGCUGAUCAUGCAAACCGCGAAUUUGGGUGAGGAUUAA